GGUCCGGCAACCGUCAGUGCAUCAGGAAGCAAAAAAAACAAUCCAAACCAGCUUGGUGGAUUAAGUUGUUCAUUUCGGCUGGAUUAACACACCCGUUGGAUUAUGUGGACGACAAACUAAUUUAGGUCAGAAGACACCAUCACUAGAGGAGCCAUGUCUUCAUUAGCCGGGCGUCGACAGAAAGUCUACCGAUCGUGUUGAGUCAAGUGUUCUAGCAAGCGUUCUUCAACCACCACCACAAACAUGCUGCUGAAGUGAUAACCACCAGAGCACGACGCAUCAUCGACAAUGGUGGAGCCCGGUGACACGGCAACCCUCUCGAUGGCCACACCUGCGGCCCCGCUUGUGCGGCCAAACACGCUGCUGCCACCAGAGAAGGAACCGGUACACUUCCAGAUCAACUUGAUCGGCGCACCGCCCGAAGUGGAACAGCUGAUCGAGCAUAUCAAAGGCGUUGCGGAGCAGUUUCUCUACCACUGGAAAACAUUUCCGAUCAAUUUGCCUACUCCGCUCUCGGUCAGCCCGGGCGGCGGCGUUGGCAAUGGCGGAGGCGGCAUCAGCGGCGGCGGGGGAAAUUCCGGAGGGGGUACCGGCGGAAUGCUCAUAGCUAGCGGCAACAACAACAACAACAAUAGCACGGCCAGCAGCAAUCGGAAGUCACGCCCGAUCAAUCUGCGUGAUCUUUUCAUUGCGCCACCGUUCGAUGAACUGGAUGCCGUGGCGGCGGACGGAUCCGGCGAACCGAGGCUGCUCAACAACAACCAGUUGCGAUCGCUACGUGAACGAGGCUUGCAAAAGGACAAAUUUGGAAAACCGAAGAAAUUGAAUUUGGAACAAUUGGACUCGAUACAGUUGACCGGUGAGUUCGAGGUGCCGAGUUUGAACUUUCCCGGCCAGAUGCACCGCUGGCGACUGUCCCAGCUGCUGCAGAAGGGCUCCGAGCGGACGGGCGACUCGCUGCUCGGCGAUUUGGCCAUUUCGGCGCGCUUUCUGGUCAUCACCGCGAUGGGCCGGCUGUUUGGUAACUUUUUCUCGGUUGCUCACGCCGCCCGGGCCCUGCUGCACGGGUUGAUUAAGCUUAUCGAUAUGAUAGUGGGUGUCCCGUCCUUGUUGGCACACAAUCUAGACAACAAGAUUAAAGAAGAGCGUUGUCGCUUCCUGGUGGCUGAACUAGUUUGUAGGAAUGAAUUCGAAGACUGCAUGGAUGCUCUCUGUGGCUACGUCCGGCACCAGCUCCGGCGCGCCACCAUGGAAAAGUUCGACGUCAACUGCCAGCAGGCCCAACCGGUGCCGUACCUGUACGUGACGCCCAAGGGACAGGACAUCGAUCUGCGGCUGUUUUCCAAAGACAUAAUGCGCAAGGCACUGCCCAUCCUCGUGGGAAUUCUGGAGAAGGAAACGCGCGGCUGGUUUCUGCACUUUCGCGAGCGGUUAAUUGCCGAGCUGCGAGAGCGCAAAAUGACCGACGCCGAAAUCGAGGAAGAAGUAAACGACGCCGUGAUGAAGGAAUAUCUGCAGCGCGUGUACACGUCCAUUCUGUCGAACAGCGAUUUGGCGGACCUGGGCGAUGCCGUUCCGCAGCUGUUGGUGCAGCAAGCGCAAUCGGUUGUUAUCAUGCACAAAGCUGUCGACAAAAUUCAGAAGGAAUUGAAGAAAUCACGCGACGAACAUAAAAAGCAGCUCCAGGAGCAGCACCCGGUGCUGUCUCGGAUUGCGCCGUGGUUGCGCGCCAAGCUCGAAGCCGGCGAGCAGAGUAAGCUGUCGAAGAUCACCUGGGGAGCGCACGAGGAGGCGCUUAAGAUUGCUCAAAAGCUAAACCUGCACCAGACGAUAUACUUUCUCAAUCGAGAUAUGGCGUUCAUGAAGGAGCGGGAGCCGGUUCUCCUAAAGGAGCUGAAGAACGCCAAAACACCCACGCGCAACUUCCAGUGGGCCUGCCGAAUUUGGUCGCCCAAGGCGUGGAUAAUCCGGCGCAGCUUCCAGGGCCACUCGGAGGUUAUACCGACCGUAAUUACGCAGCAGGCCACGUCCAUAGUUACCCCACGAUCCGAUCCUAGUCAACCGGUAUUCUUGGUGGAGAAGGAACUGGUGCGCUCGACCAGCACCCGAUGGCCAAUGUGGCGCCUGCUGAACCUGUUCCAACGCACUUGGACUUGGACGUGGAAUAUGAUGUUCUUGCUGGUGAUCGUACCGUGGUGCAGUCCGCUUGGCUUGCGAGCGCUCUUCUGCGUGAAACCAUUCAUGGCGGACCUGGAACUAUCGCAGGUCAACGGGACCUUGUUUCCCCGCAAGACCAGCAUCACUCAGACCAUGUGCUCGAGGUUGGUUGAGCUGUGGCGACACAUUUCCAAAGCGAGAACCCAUUUCGAAACGGAACCGGACACGGGCUUUGUCGGAAAGGGCAUGACCCGGCACUUGAAUCGUCUGUACAACUAUUUCAUAAAAGGUUUCCUAGGAUCGCUGCUCAUAUUGAUACUGUUUCCAUUGGUGUGCAUUAGCAUUAGCGUUAGCAGCAUUGCCUUCGCGAUUGCAGCUCCGUUGUGGAUGCCCUUCAUCACCGUCACGCUGCACUUGUACAUGAUGCUGGUGUACGAUCUGGAUUGUCCGGACGAGAGUCGUCGAAAUCGGUACUCCAUAUUCCUAGAGGCGGUCGUUUGGAACAUCAUAACGCAAGGCUUCCUGCAGCCUUUGCUUGCCCUUAUGGUUGCCACGUUCAUCUGCCCGUUGGUGUCCGUUGUGGUUUUGUUCAUCGGCGUGGCCCGCUACUGGAUUCGGCUGUUCUGGGACUCGAUCACGUUUCAUCUGUUUAUCAAAAAGUGCGGCCGAGUGCCGGCCAGUGACAGCUUAGCUGUGCGGCGCAUCGCCGGGCCCGGUCUGCUGUUGGACUAUUACUUUUCGAUCAAACCCGAGCAAGCACUGGCGGCUUUCGAGGCCAAGAUGGAGCUUGACGAGCUGCAGGCAUAUCAGCACUCGAUGGAAACGGUCAUCUGCCAGCCGCAGAAGGAUUUUAGCCAGUUUGUGGAGGCCUGCUUUGGGCCGUUUUCCGCACAACUGUCCAAAACGGUCGGCCCGUAUCGGCAGCUGGAACGCGAAGGCCAGGACCUGAUGACUUCGCUGCACGAAAAGCUGGAAAAAAGACGCCGCGAUCUGCAAACCGGACUGACCACGGCGGUCAAGUCCCGCAUCAAGCUGAACACAAUGGAGCUGAAGAUCGUGAUCCAGCAGUCGGCGUACAUGCUGGAGCGGUUCUACCCGGCGCACGUCAUUGCGCGGCUUUCCAUCAGCGAGGACGAGUUUUGGGAUGCCAAGGGACUCUCCGUGGGUGACUGGGCCGGACUAGCGGGAAUGCUGUACGCGGACAUCUUCAGCCUGGACUUUUUAACCCCGCUGUCGGAGACGGACACGCAAUUUAAGCUGGAACCGCACACGCAGCUGGAUCUGUUCCGUUACACCGAGAUGGUACAAAACACCAGCGACAUCAUGGGCAUCAACGGGCCCGACCUGCUGGGGAAUGUGUACGCACCGGGUAACAUUCAGGUGCACUCGCCGUACUUGGAGGUGUCCGCGUUUAAUCCGCGCUCGCGCGUCAUGAUCAACUCGCGGAGGGCCGAGAAACGGAAUGACACCUCAUCGUGUUUGACCACGCCACGGGUGAGAGCGCGGCGGUCGCCGAUACCGAUGCCGAAGUCACACAGCAGUUGGAAGCCUUGGAAGCGGAAACAGACCAAGAAGCAUGCCUCGGACAAGCUGUUGAUUCCGCUGCCGAUACCGCAUCCGGUCCACAUAGCCAUAUCAAUCUACAACCGUGAUUCGGAUCAUCCAAUCCCGAUCGAGUCCGACAUUUGCUGGGACAUUUUGCGAUCGAUCGAGGAGUGUCAGGGUGACUUGGAGGCGCUCGUACGCUUCCGGGAGGCGGGUGUCGACGGGAACCGUUCCGUUGGAAUCAGCGUUGAUGGGCUGGCCGCGAUCGAUUCCAGCAUCGACUCGCUAGAUUCGGGCUCGUCAAAUUCGGGGACCAAAGAUAGUAUGGACAUGAUUGCCGGGGCCAGCGAAACGCUGCCGUGCACAAACCGGGAGGUUACCAUAAUUAUGCCAUCGAAUGCCAACGGGGACGAGCUGGACAACGGAGUCGAAGACGGCAAGAGUACGGACGAAGGUGACGAGGAUGGACCGACGGCUCCGACGCACUUCCACUGGACGUUGCGGAACUGGGGCGGCGGAAAUGGUGCCCAGUCGGUUGCGGCCGCACGCCGUCGGAACACGAGCUAUACCUACAGUACCAGUGGCACCAGCGGCGGCCCCGGAAACAUCAACAGCGCCAGCACCAUCUCGCAGAACGACACCCAGCUCGAGCAGAUUCGUGUCGAUCUGGCCAGCCCGGAGGACAUCUCUCUGGACACGGACAGCUCGCGGGCUGUUUUCAGCGCUGCUUACGGAACUACAGUUUAAAAUGGAGGGUUUGUGUUUGUGAUAAAAGCAAAAGUAUGAAUUUACUUUUAC